UUUUGCGCUGUUUAUUUCCGGGGUAUCCGGUCGUUUGAGCGUCGCGGUGGUCAUGUUUUUGCGUUUGUGAGAUUAUAGGACAUUUGUGUUUUAUCUACUAAAAAAACAAACUUUUUUUUUUACAGCUUCGUUACAACAUCGAUAUAUUUUCAUCACCACAAUGACUGAGGAUGUUCAGAAGCACUCAGUCCACACUCUGGUCUUCAGAUCGCUUAAAAGGACUCAUGAUGUGUUUGUGUCUGACCACGCCAAGUCCAUCGCGCAUGAUGAUGAAAGCCACAAGUUGAAGAUGGGGGUUAAACUGAAGGCAGAGUACGAUGCAGUGUUACAUCUGCCCAUCCUGAAGGAAGGUAAAGACAGAGCCUCACAGUUUCCAGGCAGCUUGGAAGGUCACCAGAACUACGCACAGCCAGGUGAGGACCCAGAAUACUUGAUUACUGGGACACAUGCCUACCCCUCUGGACCCGGGGUGGCAUUGACUGCUGACACAAAGAUACACAGGAAUCCCAGUGAGACCGGAGUACACUCCAUGGCACUGGCUUUACCCCCCUCACAAGCUAGGCAUGACGCGACUCGCACAGCAGCCAGUGUUGCUGACAUCCACCGGCACGCAGGUGGAGCAGAGAGAUCUCACCCUCAGUCGACUGUAGUGUCGCUCAUGGAGGGAGGAGGCACCAGAAAUUCUGCCCUCAUGCGGAGAGCGCCCACAAUGCCGAAACCUCAGUGGCAUCCACCAUGGAAACUGUUUCGGGUCAUCAGUGGUCACCUUGGCUGGGUGAGGUCCAUCGCUGUGGAGCCUGGGAAUCAGUGGUUUGUCACAGGGUCUGCUGAUAGAACUAUAAAGAUCUGGGACCUGGCCAGUGGAAAACUGAAGCUCUCUCUGACCGGGCACAUCAGCACAGUGCGUGGUGUGGCUGUCAGCAGCCGCAGUCCAUAUCUGUUCUCCUGUGGAGAGGAUAAGCAAGUCAAAUGUUGGGAUCUGGAGUAUAAUAAGGUGAUCAGGCACUACCACGGACACCUCAGUGCAGUGUAUGAUUUAGAUCUACAUCCAACCAUCGAUGUGCUUGUGACGUGCAGCAGAGAUGCCACAGCGAGGGUGUGGGACAUCAGGACGAAAGCAAAUGUGCACACACUCACUGGUCACACCAACACUGUGGCCACAGUGAGGUGCCAGGCAGCAGAACCACAGAUUAUCACAGGGAGCCAUGAUUCAACCAUCAGGUUGUGGGAUCUGAUUGCUGGGAAAACCAGAGCAACUCUUACAAACCACAAGAAGUCUGUCCGGACUCUGGUGCUGCACCCCAGACAGUACACGUUUGCCUCGGGAUCUGCUGAUAACAUCAAACAGUGGAUGUUCCCAGAUGGCAGCUUCAUCCAGAACCUGUCGGGCCACAACGCCAUCAUCAACACUCUUGCUGUUAACUCUGAUGGCGUGUUGGUGUCUGGAGCCGACAAUGGAACGAUCCACAUGUGGGACUGGAGGACAGGCUACAAUUUCCAGCGUAUUCAUGCAGCCGUGCAGCCCGGAUCUCUGGACAGCGAGUCGGGAAUCUUCGCUUGCAUGUUCGACAACUCAGAAAGCCGGCUGAUCACCGCAGAGGCUGACAAGACCAUUAAAGUUUACAAAGAGGAUGACACUGCUACAGAAGAAAGUCACCCAGUCAACUGGAAACCAGAAAUCCUCAAGAGAAAAAGAUUCUAAAGAUCUUUUAUUUGUUCUUCUUGUCACAGUAACAUUGAUUCGUUUUAUUUCUACCAACUUUUGUUUUAGAUACUCCCAGCAGCUUUUGUUUGCUCGUGCUUUUCCAUCAGGCAAACUUUGCUUCAUGUAAUGCGACUUUGACAGAAGCGUCCACCUUUAUUCUAUAAACCAUUUGCAGUCCUCCUCGUAUGAUGUUAGUGCGAUAAAGCUGCUGUUUUUGACUGCCAGGAACCUCCCGGAGUGUUUGUUUUUGAGGGUGACGGCUCUCUGAUAGAUCUGGUCCACCCACAGAAGCUGCUCUUCACAUUCAGAAGGACAGACUUCAGAGUGGACCCGGUUCUUGCUGGAGUCAAACCCCUGAAAGACAAAGUGUGGAAAUUUGAGUCCCAAAACACUUUUUUGUAUUAUCGGUUGUACAGACAUGGAAACAAACAGAAUGUGACGUUUAUUUUGCUCCAUUUGAAUAAAGACCACAUUUUUCAGA